ACACGAUCAAAAUAUGUUCUACAAUUUACAGCUGUCAAAUGGACGGCUGUGAUCUAUCUGAUCACAUUUUCCUAAAAUUUAAUUAAUUUUAUUUUGCACCAUAAUAAUAUAUUUAUUUUCAUAUCUCUCUCUUUUCUUUUCCGAUGAUGAUGAUGAUAGGCAAGGGUUUGGUGGUGUGAGGGUUGGGUGACAUUUUGGUUUUUUUUUUCCCUUUUCUUUUAAUUUUUUUUUCUCUCAUUUAGAACCCUAAGGAGGUCGUCUUUUCGCAGUUCUGGGUGCUAAUUCUUAGGUUCUUUCAGGGUUUUUCUACUGCCAUUAGUUCUAUGAAUGGAUGCUAGAGAACCUUCAAGAAUGAGCUCGUCAGAGUCUCCGAGCAUGAUAGUGAGCCCCAGUUCAUACCCUAACAGUUCAAUGGUGAUCCCUAAUUCGGGCGGGAUGAUGCCCGGCAUGAGAAUAUCGUUCAGCCAAAUGGUGUCUUCCGGGUCGAAGCAAAUGGAUGGCUCGAGCUCUUUGUACCAAGGGGACAGCGUGCCUAGCGUGAGGCAAUGUGGUGUGGUUAGUAUGGGAGGGCCAAUGAAGAAGAAGAGGGGGAGGCCAAGAAAGUAUGGGCCUGAUUGGAAUAUGGCUCUGGCAUUGUGUCCUGUUUCUUCAUCUUCGGGAUAUUCGAAUCUGAAUGGUAGUCUGAUGUCAAACCCCAAUAGCAGUUCCAUGUCGGAACUGGGUGUUAAAAAGCGUGGGCGUCCUCUUGGGUCUGGGAAGAAGCAACAACUUGAUGCAUUGGGCUCUGCAGGGAUUUGUUUUACUCCACAUGUACUCACUGUUAAAGCUGGAGAGGAUAUAGCUUCAAAAAUUAUGGCCUUUUCACAGCAAGGACCACAAACCGUCUGUAUUCUUUCAGCAAAUGGUGCCAUCUGCAAUGUUACACUUCGCCAACCUGCUACAUCUGGUGGAACAGUGACCUACGAGGGACGCUUCGAAAUCAUCUCUCUAUCAGGAUCUUUCUUGCUCACAGAAACUGGUGGUACCCGCAGCAGAACCGGUGGCUUGAGUGUGGCACUAGCAGGAUCCGACGGCCGUGUUCUUGGAGGUGUUGUGGCCGGAAUGCUGUUGGCCGCAACCCCUGUACAGGUGGUCAUGGGAAGUUUCAUAGCUGAAGGGAAAAAACCGAAGGCUGAGCUGAAGCUAGACCCUUCAUCGGUCCCACCACCACAGAUGUCAGGGUUCAGGUCAGCAUCAGGCCCACCGUCCCAAGAAGGUUCUUUGAGCGAGUCAGAUGAUGACGAUGAUCCCGGCAGCCCUGCAAUGAAUCUAAGCAGCAGCGUUGGGAAUUUCAACAACUCUGGCCAGCAUGGGCAGAUGAUGGCUGGUUAUGGUUCAAUUGGUGGAUGGACUCACUCUGGGCAUCCAUCAGCCCAGGCAUGAUUCUGAGAUGAAGAUGAUGCCCAGUUAACUAUAUCGUCUGUUGCAGGAUCAUGGUUCAGCUUCUGAAGUGAAAAUGUUUUAAGUAUAUUUUUGAAAGCUAAGGCUGUUAUUUAAGGUUUUGACGAAAUGUUUUAUUGUUAUGAUCCUGAUAUUCAGAGGAUAAUUGGCAGCGGCUUCUUUUCUUUUUGUUUUGAAUC